CGCCUUUGCUGUUGCCUGCACAACGAGCAGCCGAGAAGCAUCCUCAGCCACACACUCGCUGCAAGUCAAAGCAACUCUCAUCCUUCUCCAGAGCGCCGGCUGCACACUUCGCCACGAUGCAUCGCUCCCCCGCCGCCAUGGUGACCAGGCCUCUCACAGACCCGAAUAUUCAAAUUCGCACUCCGCGGGAUCCGAACACGCUGUCCAACUACCACAACUUUGUCACGAGGCAUACAAGUGUCGACUUUGAUAUUGAUUUUCAGCGCAAGAGGCUGUUUGGGGGCGUGGUGCUGACGUUGGAGUCUUUGACCGAUGAGGAUGUUCGUGAGGUUGUGCUUGACUCAAGCUAUCUCGAUAUCUCGGUUGUAGAGGUUGAGGGCGAGAGCGUCAAGUUCAGCGUUGGCGACCGGGUAGAGCCUUACGGCAGCCCGCUGUCCAUCACCCUCCCAUCCAAGGUACCAAAGGGCAAGACUAUUGACAUUGAGAUCAAGGUUGCCACCACCGACAAGUGCACUGCGUUGCAAUGGAUGACGCCAGCUCAAACAUCGAACAAAAAGCAUCCGUACAUGUUUUCGCAAUGCCAGGCAAUCCAUGCGCGAUCUGUAUUCCCUUGCCAGGACACGCCAGACGUCAAGUCGACCUUUAACUUUGCUCUCCGUUCGCCGCUACCGGUUCUUGCUUCAGGUCUACCCACGGGCGCCAGUGACUACCAGCCACCCAAGAAAGAGGGCGAGAGUGGCACGAUGAAGUACACGUUUGAGCAAAAGGUCCCAAUGACUGUCUAUCUCUUUGCCAUUGCAAGUGGCGAUCUCGCAUCCGCCAGUAUCGGCCCGCGCAGCACAGUCUGGACUGGUCCUGAAGAAUUGCUCAAAUGCAAGGAUGAGCUCGACGGAGAAAUCGAGCCCUUCAUGAAGGCGCUCGAGUCCAUCGUCUCCCCCACUUACCAAUGGGGACAAUACAAUGUGCUCAUCCUGCCUCCAUCCUUCCCGUACGGAGGCAUGGAAAACCCUGUCUGGACCUAUGCCACACCCUCGAUCAUCUCAGGCGACAAACAAAACAUUGACGUUAUCGCCCACGAGCUGUCGCACUCGUGGUCCGGCAACCUUGUCAGUGCAGCUAGCUGGGAGCACUUUUGGCUGAACGAAGGCUGGACUACAUACUUGGAGCGCAGAAUCGCUGCUGCCCUCCACGGAGAGGCACACCGUCACUUCUCGGCCAUUAUUGGCUGGAAAGCCCUUGAGCAGAGUAUCGAAAACUACGGCAAAGACCACCCUUACACCAAGUUGGUACUGGAUCUCAAGGGCCAGGAUCCAGAUGAUGCAUUCUCAUCUAUUCCAUAUGAGAAGGGUUUCCACGCCUUGUACCAGUUCGAGCUGCUACUCGGCAAGGAGAAGUGGGACUCAUUCAUCCCUCACUACUUUGACACGUUCAAGUUCAAGAGCGUAGACAGCUACGACUUCAAGAGCUGUUUGAUCGAGUUCUUCCAAAAGGAUGCAGAGUCGAAAGCGAAGCUGGAAGCCUUUGACUGGGACAAGCUGUUCUACGCGCCAGGCUACCCAGUCAAACCAGACUUUGACCAGACCAUGGUGAAGAGCUGCUAUGAGCUGGCCGACAAAUGGGAGGCUCUGGUUUCAUCUUCAUUCGACUCAAGCGACUUCACCCCAAAGGCGUCCGACAUCCAGGGGUGGGUAUCCAACCAGUCAGUCGUCUUCCUGGAGCGUCUUCAAUCAUUUGCAUCCAAGUUUUCUGCUGAAAAUGUGCACUUGCUUGGUGCUACGUAUGGCUACGAUAGCACUCAGAACAUCGAGGUGCUGUCGCGAUACUUGAGCAUUGGGCUCAUGGCCAAGGCACAGGAGUCGUAUCAACCUGCAGCUGAGCUGCUGGGUCAAAUUGGCCGUAUGAAGUUUGUCAGGCCCAUGUUCAGGCUGUUGAACGAGGCCGACCGCAAUCUCGCAGUCAAGACGUUUGAGCAGAACAAGGACUUUUACCACCCGAUUUGCCGACAGAUGGUGGAGAAGGAUUUGUUUGGCCAGGAAAAAUAAGUGUAUGAUGAAUAAACAAUGAGGUAGUAUAUUCACAAGGAAAAUAAAAC